UGGGGCAGAGUACUGGUUGAUGUCUGGACUACGGAAAUAUGCCGUUGACAUCACUUUGGACCCAAACACAGCCCACGGAGAGCUGCAUUUGGAGAAUCAAACAGUUACUGUGGAUUCAGACAAAACUCGCCCUGAUCACCCAGAGCGGUUUCAGCGCUGUCAGCAGGUCCUAUGCCAUGAAGGCCUGAAAGGAAAAGCUUACUGGGAAGUUGACUGGAAAGGACGGACUGUGGUUGGUGUUGCAUACAAAAGCAUUAGUCGAGAUGGACUGGAUGAGAGUAUGCUUGGAUGCAACGAAAAGUCCUGGAGUCUGGAGUGCUCCACCUUCAUUGUCAAACACCAGAAUAAACCAGAACACCUUCAGGUUCCAGUGUCCCGCUCAGGACGACUGGCAGUGUACCUAGACUUUGACGGCGGAACACUGUCCUUCUACAGUGUCAGUAUCUCCUUUGGAACCCUGUCCCACCUGCACACAUUCAAAACGAAGUUCAAUGAGUCCCUCUACCCAGGGUUUGAGGUUUCACAGAGUGUAACCAUAGUCCAAGUCAAAAGGACCAAUGUUCCCUCUAAGCUGCAGACCAGUUGAAGUGGCCGCGCAAUAGAUUUUUCAGACCGCACAAACAAUUUUUUUUUUUUCAGGGGUUAAAAAUCUGAGCAUCAACGGCGAUGUAGGCUGGGUAAUAAACAUUUAAAAUACUGACAUACAAAAUACAAGCCGGAUGUAAGUUAGAAUGUUUACAUACAAAGUAGGCUAUCCUUUAGGCUACUCUAGGCGGGCCCUGCUCCAGUUAUGUAGUAGGAUACCAUGGCGAAAAGAAAGGCAGAGCAGAUGCCCCAGAAAAGGUCUGCCUAACGUUUAAACAUGAGUGGCUAGAUGAAAUACUCCAAUCUGACGCAAAAGAUGGCCCAGGUAGGAAAAAACUUUCAGACAUAUUUACAAAAGGAGUGGCGUGAUCUGCAAAUUCUGCUCGGAGGCAAAAGCGAAAGGAGAGUUCGCUCGUGGGAAAACUUGGUCUGAGUGAAAGAUUGAUUACCUAUAGCGUUAUCUGACACAUAGAAAGUCCAUGUAGACGCAUUGAAAACAUUAAGACUUAGACAUGGGAACUUUAUCGAUCAAAUUCUCCCCGAAACUAAUCAAUCCCGAGAGAGAAGAAUUCAGAGAGCACGAUCCGACCCUGAACAAAUAAAAUUAUUAAUCG